UACCUAAAGAGUAGAACCCACCGGCCAGUCUAUGUACGUAGCGGAUGUGAAACACUGAUGCAACCGGAAACGGGAAGACCUGCGCGAGACGGAGCCGAUUUCAACACUUCUGUCGUGAUGACGUCGCGAAACAAGUCACUUCUGUCGUCUGCGCUACAGACAAGGAAAGUCGGGACCAGUGUAUGUAUGUAACUUCCACGUUCAACCAUGAAUGCAACAGAACCGCCAAAUGCAACAAUGACGGAUCGAACCUCAACGUUUGAUUCAACAACACACAUGGGUCAUAACUCAACCUGGGACCCAUCUACCACCAUCCGCGACACAUCAGUACCGGGUGAAUCCACGUCGGAUAUCACCAUCCAUCUGACUACCUCUGUUGAAGGGAUUUCACAUAUAAUGCCUACCAUGGUUACUACGUAUUUUCGUGACAACUUCACCACUUCGCCAAACACAACAGAAGGGUUUUCGCAACCUCACGAUGUGACGCGGCAUUUGUUCAAGUGGCAUGGGGCCGAGUUACUCUUUCUCAUCGUAGUGCUCGUGCUGGCAGUUGUGGGAAACAUGAUGGUCAUAUACGUUUAUCACUUCCGGUGGAAGAGGUCAAACUUUAGUCUAUUUAUAGAAGUGCUGGCUCUGCUGGAUUUAAUAAACGGAUGCACCACCGUGCCGUUGUUCAUAUGGCUCACAGUGGAUGACACAAUCCACGCGUUUCAUUCAAUCUGUCAGGCGGCAUCCUACAUGGCAAUGGCGACGGGUGUCUCGUCGGGAAUAUGUCUGUUAACCAUUGCCUAUGACAGAAACAGGAAAAUCUGCAAACCUCUAAAGCUUGAGAUCCCGCUAAGACUGACAAAACGGCUGUGUUCGGGUGCCGUCAUCGUGGGCAGCCUGAUCGCCAUACCGAGCGUCUUUCUGUACGGGAAGAAGGACGUGGUGGUCGUGGACGAAGGACUGACCAUCACGAUCACCGAGUGUUUCUUUACGGACACAUCCAUGAGGAGUCCUCUGCUGUUCGUCUUCACCGCAGUCCUCGGUCUCAUCUUCACCGUGAUCACGGUCUGUCUCACCAUCCUGUACAUCUCCAUAUGGAAGGCGCUGAGGAUCCACCUCCAACACCGGGAAUCGCUGGGAAGCCGUAGAUCGUCCGUAUCCAGUCGGCAUCAUGAUUUCCGUUCGCAGCGCAGCUCCGCUCGACUCUUCUUCUUCGUGACGGUGGCGUUCUUCAGCAGUUACUUCCCUUACUUCGUCGUCAUGUCCACGCUGAUGUUGAGCGACAUGCCCGUGAUGAGUGCGAGCGUCAAGUCGCUGACGGACAUCGCCAAGUUCUCGCCCCUCCUGAGCAACAUCAUCAACCCAAUCAUCUACAGCGCCACCUCGACGAGGUUCCGGAAGGAAUGCCUAGCGAUUCUCUUCCAGUGCGGGACGCGAUUACAGAAGAGAACAUGGAAGCGCCAAGGAAGCGGAAGUAGUCUGCGUCACCAGAAGACUCACACGUCAUCGGUAACCGAGGAAAUGGCGGAGAGCCAAUCACGAAAACGUAAAAUACAGGCCAAACAUACCGAGAAUGAGUGCAGUAGUAAUGGAGUCACGAAUGAAAAUAAAUGAUUUACAAGUAAAAUGUUAAUGCUGAGAACUAUCCGAACAGUCAUUGAAUAUUUAACUAUUAAUGAAAAUGAAGAACAUGAGGUCUGUAUUAAUUAUUAUUUAAAUGGUGUGCAGAUAUAAGGCCUAAUAAGGGCAGCUUACAUAAUAUUGGAAUAUGCACAGUAAGUUCUUCUUCAGAUAUCUUGCGCUACCAUUGCAGUGUUCGACAAACGUUUGAGAAGGUCAUUAACCAUCACAGAAACCACUAGCCCAGACCAAAAAAAAUCAUCAGCCAGGACCGAUGGCUAGUGGAUUUUUUUAACCCUGCCAUACAGCUUUUCAAACAUUUAAAACUGCUAGCGUUAACGAAAGAUAAACGAAAUAAUGUUUCUGAAUCAUAAUUGUAGCUUCAGUCAUAAUUCAAUUAUACCAUUAAUUACUGAUAACAAAUGAGACAUGAUUACUAUUUAGAAGUAUAAUAUAUUUAUUAUAUACAUUG